UUCUCAAUCACUGCAUCCAUAAUACUGUUGGCUGGAAAUCGUCUGCAGAUCAGAAAAUAGCAAUGACUGACCUCCAAAUAAGAGACAACACAGACAACCUCUCAGAGCUGAGGAUUGUGCUGCUGGGAUGCAGAGAUGCUGGGAAGAGUUCAGCAGGAAACACCAUCCUGAACAGAGAGGAGUUUGAGUUAAAGAGAGCUGCUCAGUGUGUGAAGAGACAGAGAGAAGUAGCAGGGAGACACAUCACUGUGGUUGAAGCUCCAGGAUGGUUGAAUGACACUGAUGUAGAGGAGAGCACUGAGCUACUGAAACAGGAGAUUGUGCUCAGUGCGUCUCUGUGUCCUCCAGGACCUCAUGCUGUACUGCUGAUCAUACAUGUAGGAACAUCUUUUAAAGAGAAAGAGAGGAAAGCAUUGAGAGGACAUCUAAAACUUCUAACUGACAUAGUGUGGAGUCACACUAUAGUGCUGUUCACUCAUGGAGACUGUCUGGGAGACACAGCCAUAGAGCAGCACAUUGAGAGAGAAGGGAAGGAGCUCCAGUGGCUGGUUGAGAAAUGUGGGAACAGGUAUCAUGUUCUCAACAAUAAGAACAGGAGUGAUGACACUCAGGUCACAGAGCUGCUGGAGAAGAUAGAGGAGAUGGUGGCAGCAAACAGUGGACGCCAUUUUGAAAUGGACAGAAAGAUCCUACAGGAGGUGGAAGGGAAGAGGAGAGCUGAGGAAGAGAGAGCUAAAGAGAGGAUGAUGAAGGUGCUGAAAGUGAAGCAAGACAUCAGGACAAAAAUGGGUAAACCGAUAAUGAUUACUGCAGGGUUUACAGCACUUCCAAAUCGCAAAGACUUUGAAAUAAUUUUUCUUCAGGACAGAGCUUUGCAGAGUUUUACUCAAAUCUUUAAUGCUGGUGUUGGAAAUGGCUUCUGGAAGGAUUGGGAGCUGGACACCUCUGCCCCACAAGAUAUUAGAUUCAUCUAUGUGAAGUUCUGGACCGGCAAGGUGGCGGAUGCUGAUGUUGAGCAGUACCUACGCAGGUACUGUGAGAUCUUACAGCCUGUGUUUAAACCUCUGGAUCAGUUUGGCCUGUGGUAUGGAGUCCGCCGUUAUAAAGUGAAGCUGCAUCAUAAUCCUGAUGGCAGCCUUUACCAGAUUCCAAAUUCGAUCACUUUGGGGCCGUAUAACGGCAGGAUCUCAUACCCUGAUCAGGUACAGAGGUGCUACAUGUGUGGUUCUCAAGACCAUCAAGUGAAAGACUGUGAGGCCUUGAAGUGUUGGAAGUGCGGGGAGCUUGGGCAUAAAGGUAAAGAGUGCAAAAACACAGAACUAUGUAAUUUGUGCCAGGAACGAGGCCACACUUACUUUAAAUGCCCAAGCUCUUAUAGCAAUAAAGCACGUGGACCAACACCAAAGCAAUCUACUGACAUCAACGCAGCUCAAAAUGGAGAACAUCAGGAGGACACGGCACCUCAAACCAGUGAGAUCAUCCAAGAAGCCCUUUUAAGAGCCGCCAAACUGUUUCAGUCCAAAAGAGCGAGUUUUCUAGAGUUCUCUUAA